AUGAAGACUGAGCACGUAUUUGCCUGCAAUGACUACACUGAUGCACAGAAAUUCAAGCUAGCAGCAGCAGAAUUCUCUGACUAUGCCCUUGUUUGGUGGCAUAAAUACCAAAGAGAAAUGUUGAGAGAGGAACGGCGAGAGGUAGAUACAUGGACUGAGAUGAAAAGGGUGAUGAGAAAAAGGUAUGUGCCCACUAGCUAUAACAGAACCAUGCGACAGAAACUCCAAGGGCUGUCCCAAGGGAAUUUAACCGUGGAAGAAUAUUAUAAAGAGAUGGAAAUGGCGUUAGUGAGGGCCAACAUCAAAGAGGACUCCGAAGACACAAUGGCUCGUUUCCUGAAUGGUCUAAACCCUGCAAUCAGAGAUGUUGUUGAAUUACAGGAGUAUGUGGUGUUGGAUAACUUGUUACAUAGGGCGCUCCAGGUUGAACAGCAAAUUAAAAGAAAAAGUGCAACAAGGAGGAACUCACCCAAUACUUACAACCAAAACUGGGCCAACAGAUCCAAGAAGGAGGGAGGAAGUUGUACCAAUGUUGCAAGUUCCACAUUAGUGACCAAACUGAAUUUGGAAACUAAGCCCCAUCCUACACCAUACAAACUUCAGUGGCUUAGUGAAGAUGAAGAGGUAAAAGUGACUCAACAGGUUGAGGUGUGUCUCACCAUUGGGAGAUAUAAUGACAAGGUGCUGUGUGAUGUGGUCCCAAUGGAAGUGACCCAUGUGUUGUUAGGAAGACCGUGGCAGUAUGAUACCAAGGCAGUGCAUGAUGGCUUCACCAACAAAAUCUCUUUCAAGCAAGCUGACAAGAAGAUUGUUCUCAAACCGUUAUCUCCUCAAGAGGUUUGUGAGGAUCAGAUAAAAAUGAGAGAAAAGAAAAAGAGUGAGACACUUGAGAAGGAAAAGAGAGGAAAGAAAAAGAGUGAAACACUUGAGAGGGAAAAGAGAGAAAACAAAAAGAGUGAAACACUUGAGGGCAAACAGCUUUAUUUAGCAACAAAAAGGGAGGUGAGGAGGGUGCUUUGUGCGAGACAACCCCUCUAUUUAUUGUUUUCUCAACGUCAGAUGUUGCAUGCUAACCCAAUUGAUGAAUUUAAAUUGCCUUCUAGUAUUCAGUCUCUUCUGCAGGAUUUUGAUGAUGUGUUUCCAGCAAGUGUACCAGAUGGUUUGCCACCAUUAAGGGGAAUUGAGCAUCACAUUGAUCUCAUUCCAGGAGCGUCCUUGCCCAAUCGGCCAGCUUAUAGGAGCAACCCACAAGAAACUAAGGAGAUCAAAAGGCAAGUAUCCAAACUCCUGAGCAAAGGUUGGGUAAGAGAUAGUAUGAGUCCGUGCGCUGUACCUGUCAUUCUAGUACCCAAGAAGGACGGCUCAUGGAGGAUGUGUUCUGAUUGUAGAGCCAUAAACAACAUCACCAUCAAGUAUAGGCACCCAAUCCCCAGGUUAGAUGAUCUUCUUGAUGAACUGUAUGGUGCAUGUGUGUUUUCUAAAAUUGAUUUGAAAAGUGGCUAUAAUCAGAUUCGAAUCAGAGAGGGAGAUGAAUGGAAAACUGCCUUUAAAACAAAAUAUGGUUUGUAUGAGUGGAUGGUUAUGCCAUUUGGUUUGACUAAUGCACCUAGUACUUUCAUGAGAUUGAUGAACCAUGUUUUAAGGGAAUUUAUUGGGAAAUUUGUGGUGGUGUACUUUGAUGAUAUUCUUAUCUAUAGCACUAGUCUUGAUUUGCAUGUUCAACAUUUGCAAUCUGUUUUAAGUGUGCUUAGGAAAGAAAAAUUGUAUGCCAACCUAGAAAAGUGCUCCUUUUGUACUGAUCAUGUGGUGUUUCUGGGUUUUGUUGUUAGUGCUGAGAGAGUACGGGUGGAUGUGGAAAAGGUUAAGGCCAUCCAAGAAUGGCCAACACCUAAGACCCUGAGUGAGGUGAGGGGAUUUCAUGGUUUAGCAAGUUUCUAUAGGAGAUUUGUUAAGGAUUUUAGUACAUUGGCUGCUCCUCUAACUGAAGUUGUUAAGAAGAAUGUGGGUUUCAAAUGGGGUAAGAAACAAGAAGAGGCCUUUGCUGCCCUU